AUGCUGUCUGCAUCCUCACCAAUUAUCUUUCCGAGCGACCCUCCGUCUCCAACGAAACGCGCCAAACCUCAUGAUAUUCAAUAUCCUACACAGAAGCCUCGCGUCACCGGGCCGUUUGUGGACUCCGACUCCGAAUCAGACACAGAGAAUAGACCCAGAGCAAGCUCCAGGUCUCCUUCCAAGAGGCGUAGAGUAGAGGUCCAACACGAGCAGUGGCCACAGAUCCCCGUCCUCGGUGCUCGAGAUGCGAAUGGAGAUGGCAGCAACAACAUCCUCCCCGUGGAGCACCCAGCAGGCGACCAUACAACAAUUCAUACGACUCUCACCGGAGAUACACAGAAUACUGCGGCACGGACAGGGCCUCAUUGGUCCCAACCAAACUCACUCCUUACUACGCCAAUCUUUGGAAGCCGCUCAAAAACUACUUACAAGCUAAAGACAUGUGGAGGUAGCGAGGUUACAAUUAGGCAGCGCAAGGAGGUUGUUGUGCAGUCUUACGAAUCCAUGGUGGCGGCCAGGUCGAAAACAAAGGAAGGGCGGGCGAAACGAGACUACUAUGGUGUUGAUAUACACAACCUCAUCAACACAGCCACGAGCGAAUUGGCCGAGAAGCAGCAAAACCCUCCAUCUCCAAAUACCAACCAGGCUAUUCGAUCCAUGGAAGCUACGUCUAUAUCCGAAAGGAAACCCAAAAAGACGAUGCUGUGGACCGAGAAAUACCGCGCGAGAAACUUUAGGGACCUGUGCGGAGACGACAGCACAAAUAGACUGGUCCUACGCUGGCUGAAGAAAUGGGAUCCGUUGGUUUUCCCCGGAACAGCUAAAGCAAGACCCAAAGUCCAGAGACGCAAUGGCCCUCAUUCUCAAGCUGAAGAGGAGAAGCCCCAUCGAAAGAUCUUGAUGUUGACAGGACCGCCCGGACUGGGGAAAACAACACUGGCUCACGUCUGCGCCAAACAGGCGGGCUAUGAAGUGAUAGAGGUCAAUGCCAGUGAUGACCGCAGUCGCGACGUUGUCAAGAAUCGAAUUCGCACCAGUCUUGGAACGGAAAGCGUCAAGAAUGUAAGCAAUCAAAAGGCCCUGAAUGGGCCUCAGAAGGUUGCUAAGCCUGCUUGCGUUGUGGUUGAUGAGGUCGACGGCGUGGUGACGGGAUCGGGCGCUUCAGGGGAGGGUGGCUUCAUCAAGGCCCUGAUUGAUUUGGUCCUCAUCGAUCAGAAGAACUCUUCAGGGGUAAACAAGUCUUAUGAUGGGAAAAAGAAAAAAGGAGACGAUUUCCGUCUGAUGCGUCCUCUGAUUCUUAUAUGCAACGACGUCUAUCAUCCAUCUCUGAGACCUCUCAGGCAGUCGAACCUGGCCGAGAUCAUUCACGUCGGUCGACCGACACUGGACACCGUAGUUGGUCGUCUAAAGACGGUAUUUGAAAAGGAAGGCAUUCCAUGCGACAAAGAUGCAGCACGCAAACUGUGUGAAACGGCAUGGGGCAUGGCCAGCGGCAUUGACGCCAAACGAGGACAAGAAAGCACCGUGCAAGGUGAUCUUCGAGGUGUCAUGGUCGUGGGCGAAUGGGUGGCUUCCCGGUUCAAGGUCUCAAGUCUGAAUAACAACCAACGCCUCACCAGGGACUGGAUUGAACGAAACAUCCUCCAAGAGCUUGCCAACGGCUCGGCGGGGGCUCGAGGGCUUGGACGAGGCAGCGUCAAGGAUAUCAUUUCCCGCCUCUUUCAAGAGGGCGGCGGCUUCCCCAAACAAGCACUCAGCUUAGCCAAGUCGAAGACGCAUCACGAACAGCCAAAAACGGAGCUUGGUUUUGGAGAGCAUCAAAAGAAGUAUGCCAUGGAGUGUCUUCGACAGAUGGUUGAUUCCAGCGGUGAAAUCAGUCAUAUUGUCACGGAGGUAUUCGCAGAGUAUCCGAACCGCGAGUUCAACGACGAUUCCUACCUCUCGAAGCCGAACCAGGCCUAUGACUGGCUGUAUUUUCACGAUGCUUGUCAGUCCAAACUGUACGCCAGCCAGGACUGGGAACUUGCGCCCUACCUAGCGCAGCCUGUCCUGGCCUGCCACCAUCUAUUUGCCUCGCCCGUUCGACAUUUUGCCAGCGGCAUGGGAUCAAACCACAACCAGCGAUCUGGCGUUUCAGGAGAGGAAGAAGCCGGCCCUACGAUUCCCUUUUCCGGCCCGCGCGCCGACUUCCAAGCCUUUGAAGCCGAGAAGCAAACCCGUGCACAGCUGCAGGCACUCCAAGCCCAGCUCAGCCCAACCAUGAUGCGGCUCUUCCGCAGCGCAGAGGACGUGGCGACGGAAUUCAUGCCCUACCUGGCCCGCAUGCUGUCGCCCGAUGUGAAGCCCGUCGUCGUUGGCGGCAGCCAGGGUACCACGGCGAGUGUACGAAAGGAGAGCGAGCGAGCAAUGGUCAAGCGGGCGUCGGAAGUGCUCGCUGAGGUGGGCAUUGCCUUGCAUAAAGGCAAGAUUGAGAGCGACGUCGUGUCUAGUCGCGGCCCGCAGUUUGUCUACCGCAUGGAACCUGACAUUGAUUCCCUCGCUACCUAUGAAACAGCCUCUCUUUUGACAUCCCAGCCCCCAACCCGCUUCGCCGUUCGCCAGGUCCUCGACCAAGAACUCCGUCGUACACUCGCCCUCCGCGAGACACAUGCUCGCCAAGCACGCUUCCAAGCCGGACGCGCCACCGGCGAAGGUGAGCUGCAGCAGCCACUCAUUCAGUCGACACAGAAGGACGACGCGGCGGUGGUGGAAGACGGGUUGGUAGUGAAGAAGGACUUCUUUGGACGCAUCAUUCAGGCGCAGCCGCUGGCGGAGGUGACGGGGGGGUUGGCGGAGAAGAAGGCGGCGGGACAGGAGAAGGUGUGGGUGACGUUUCAUGAAGGGUUGAAUAAUGCGGUGAGGAAGCCGAUGACGCUGCGAGAGUUUUUGAGCGGUUUGUGA